AUGGCCGCUUGCUCGCACACUGGCGCUGGGGAGCCAGGAGCAGGGUGGCACGUGCAGACUCUGGGGAUCCAGGAGAAUAAAAGACCAUGCCUUAAAUUUUCAAAGCUAUCAAUAAAGGAUUCCUUCAGUGAUUUGUUUAAUCCCCAAGUGGAGAUGUUUUUGUUAAUGUAUACAAAGAACAACCUAAACUGUCCUGAGCCACUGUUGGAGCAGGAUGAUUCACUUAAUGUUAAGUUCAACACAAGUAAGAAAACAGUCUGGCUUAUUCAUGGAUACAGACCACUGAGCUCCAUUCCAUCAUGGCUUCAGAACUUUGUAAGGACUUUGAAUCAUCAUGAUGUGAAUAUAGUUGUAGUGAACUGGAUCCGGGGUGCUACAACGUUAAUUUACAGUAGAGCCGUUAGAAACACCAGAAAAGUUGCUGUGAAUUUGAGUGAGUGCAUUCAGAAGCUGUUGAAGCAUGGAGCAUCUCUUGAUAAUUUUCAUUUCAUAGGUAUGAGUUUAGGGGCUCAUAUUAGUGGAUUUGUUGGAAAGCUAUUUCAAGGUCAACUUGGAAGAAUAACAGGACUUGACCCUGCUGGGCCAGCAUUCUCUGGAAAACCAUCAAACGACAGAUUACAUUACACUGAUGCAAAGUUUGUGGAUGUCAUCCAUUCUGAUACUGAUGGUUUAGGCAUUUUAGAACCCUUGGGACAUAUAGAUUUUUACCCAAAUGGAGGAGAAAAGCAGCCUGGCUGUCCUACAACAAUAUUUGGAGGAAUACAAUUUUUUAAAUGUGACCACCAGAGAGCAAUCCACUUGUACAUGGCAGCUUUGGAAACAAACUGUAAUUUUAUUUCAUUUCCUUGUCAUUCAUACGAAGAUUACAAGACUGGUUCAUGUAUGGAUUGUGACAACUUUAAAAAUAAAUCAUGUCCUAGGUUAGGUUAUCAAGCUGAGCUAUGGAAAGAUGUUUUAGAAGAAAGAAUGAAAAGAUCUCUUAGGACAACUGUGUUUUUGGAUACUACUGGCAUAAAUCCAUUCUGUACCUAUUAUUUUGUUCUCAGUGUAAUUGUAGAUAACACAACGAUGGAUGGCUAUAUUACAUUUAAAUUAUUAAACCAGUUUGGAAGGGUUGAAGAACCAUGGCUCUAUAAGAAGAAUAAAUCAUUUUAUAAACUUCAAGAAGCCAAGAUUCUUGCUCAGUUUUUAAAUGAUGUUGUACGUAUUAAAAGAAUUGGUUUGGUAUAUUAUCAGGACUCUAAUCAGCAAUGUUGCACAUGCCAAUAUAGCAUCCGGCGUCUCAUGUUAAAAUCACUUACAUAUCCAGAAAGACCACCACUCUGCAUGUACGAUAUUGUACUUAAAGAAAAUGAGGAGGUACUUCUCAAUCCAUGCACCUGCCACUACAACGAGUGUAAUGGAGUCCAUACUUGUGUACCAGAAAAUAGUAACACGUUAUUUGAACAGUUCAGUGAAAGAUUCAACCAAUUUAGAAGCCUAGAACAGACCAUUAAAAUAAUUAAGUAUCCGGAUGUAGUUGUUUACAGUACUUUGGAAUUAAAGGAUUUCCAAUGGAUGCAAAUUGACGAUUUAGAGAUGAAACCUGCAGAUUUUCAAGGUAGCAUUUGGACUCAUGUGUUUGUCGACUUAACGUGGAAACAACAAUUUUUUUUAUCAACAUAUUUUCGUGAGACUUUGUUCUCAGCACUAAAUAAUAUUAAAACGAACAAAAGAAACCGGCUAACAGAUGAAGUUAGUGGCGCUUGUUUGGACUUGAUGUGCACCAAGUAUGAACCUGCAAUCAAAGAAUUAGCAGACAAACUUCAGCACCAAAAAAGUCAUUAA